AUGGACAUUGACGAGUUCUCAGACGACGGAUUCGACGACCUCACCGACAACGUCCUGCAGGAGCUCGAGCGAAACGCCAUCCAGCUCACCCAAGGCCGUGCCCUGCACCCAAGCCAGCAGCGUCAGCCUAGUCAGGAUGUCCUGCAGCACCGGUAUUCCGACUACGGAUGGGAGGAGGAGGACGAUGAUCUGGACACCACCGAGGUGACCAACGAUGUGGGAGCGCCCAUCGGCCGCCCCGUCGUCGACAAGACGCUCCAGCAACGGCAGCAGCACCACCCCGCCUCAACCCACGUUCCUCGUCGGCCCAUCCCUCCUGUGCCGAACCCACGAUGGAAUCCCACCGUUGAUCCAACGAGCCGUCAGGCCGCUCCUAUGGCCGCCGGUGCUCGCCUGCCCAGCGCUGCGGCCCCGAGCCAGCAGUUUCCCGGCUCGCAGCGCUUCCAGCCGCAAGGGCCGGGCCGCAUCAACCAACCUCAGCCGAGCCAGUUUGCGCGGCCGGCCCUGCCACCGGGCGGCCGGUUCCCCGCGUCCCAGGCGUCUCAAGCCCCAUCAGUCGACAUGGUGUCGGCCCUGCAGCAGCGCCUGAGGACUCUCGAGACGGAGCUUCACAUUGCGCGAGGCGAGGUGUCCAUUAUCCGAGCCAACUCGACCAAGGCGCAGCAGGAAUACGACGCCCAGGUUGCGCGGCUCAAGAAGCUCAAUGCGGAGCAGCUGGCCAAGCAGGAACGCAUCGUCGAAGCCGCCGUCGCGGCCGAGAAGAGCGCCAACACGGAGCUGCAGUUUCUCCAGCGGGACAUGCGUGAAGUUAGCGACCGGGCGCGGAGGAGAGAUACUGCCGGUCCUGCCGCGGCCGCGGGAGUUGUGACUACACCAAAGAAGGCCAACAAGACGUGGGGUAUCGCCGAUGGCUUCGACGAGAUGGACAUUGCCCUGAGCCCUAGCAAGGGCCAGGGACGCGGCAAGGCCUCCGGCUCGGUUGCGGCCAAUGUUGGGGAGAGGACGCCGAGCAAGGGCAAGCGGAAAAGGCCGGUGAUGGACAGCCCGAUAGCGGCUCUGGAGACGCACACCGAGGACGUCGAAAUGGGAGACGACAAGCCGGCUUCACAGGGGUUGCACUCAACUAUGGUCAUGGCCGCCCCGACAGCACCAUUCGAGUUCCUCCAACUGGUACUAGAUCACGGAUCCUUUCAUCAGCAGCCCCCCACUUUCGACACGCUGUCGCGCUUCUCAUUUCCUUCAGACCCGACAGGCACAUCAUUUGCCGCCAUGAUCUUCGAGAAGCUGCCUCUGAUGGGCAACCCGCACCGGCCGAUGCAGCUGCUGGUGGAUUUUGCGGAGCACAUCGUUGCUAUGUGGACUCGCUGCCUCGAGGAGCAGUUCUGGGAGCCGGUCAAGUACCUCGUCGCGCUUGUGUCAUUUACUUUUGACCUACACGUCAUCUCAGUGGCGCCGCUCGUGGUCGGGAACCUGGUCCCCGUCGCCCAGUCGACGAUACUUACCCUCGCUGAGGCGCGCCGUCGAGCCCCAGAUGGCAAUCUCUCCAACAGCGACGAGUACGCAUUCUUUGAGGAGCACAUUGACACGACGCAAAUACUAUCGCUACUCACACUUUCUGCGCUUGCAUGCGCAACGACACCCAGCGAGACGGAGAAUGGCUUUGAGUGCACAGCAAGCGGCUUCUGGAAGCUCAUGUCAUUGGAUCUGGUGCUACUGCUCCUGACGCCACGACAGCUCUUUAGCGAUAUCCUUGUCAUGCUGGACCUUCUGGCCUCCUCGUCGCUGCCGGGGUCCAUUGGCCCUGUCACUGACGAAGCCGAGCCCACUGUCAUCGCGCGGGCCAUCAUCGAACGGGUGUCAGCCAAGUUGACAGAGCCUUUGCGGGCGACGACGACGCCGGAGCAGCGCCGGAGACUGCGCCUGGCCGCACUGCGAACGCUGGUUGCGUUUGCGCGAUAUCCCUUUGGCGCAAUGCAGCUUGCCUGCCACGACAAUGCACUGCCACGUUUGGUAACGUGUCUGAGCACGUCAAUAGACGACUUGUACGACCAGCCAAUUCCAUCGUCCGCCGUUGACCCUUUGCCACGGGCCAUUACGUCCUCCUCGAUCAGAAUCCCACAAUCGACCACGUCGACGGACCUUUUCAAGAUCAUCUCACAGAGCGUCGCCUUGAUCCACACGCUCGUCACGAAUGAGAAGACAUCCAACGUGGCAGACAUCGGCCAGAAGCUGUCCAUGACGCACGGGGGCAGCCAGCGGUACCUCAUUGCCCUCGGGAGGCUCACUUUUGCGGAGGACUUGAUUAUUGAAAAGGGCAUCGAGGUGGAGGUGGUGGAUGCGGCGCACGAGCUGUUGGAGAUGGCGGUCACGCCCGAUGAGGGUUUUGCCGUAGGCGAGGCGUUCGGGACAUGA